CUAGUUAAGAAGAAUACUAAAUAUCUUGUUGCAAAACAAUCAAUCCCUUUCCCUCACCACCGGACUUGCAUCUUUCUCGUUUUCUUUUCAAAUCCAUCCUUCAUGCUCGCCCACACUCCACGAUCAUCUCCCUCCACCGUUUUCAAUCAUAUAUAUAACCGAUCCCCUCCAAAAAUUAUUAUUAUUAUUAUUAUCAUCUCUCAUCAAGUACACCACCACACAACCAUCUCUGAUAAUCUGAACAUGAACAUGGACAACAACUCAGCCCCCCCUGAACAAGCUGUUGCUGCUGCUGCAGCUCCUCAGAAACCAUCAAUGAACCCCCCCAUUCCCACCUUUUUCAAGUACUCUAAAAGGGUACUCUUGAGAGACGUAAUAAAUAACGGACCCGAUUUCGUUGGCCAGAGAGUAGUGGUCGGAGGCUGGGUUAAGUCCUCCAGAGAAAUCAAAACAGAGGCACCAUCAACAACAACAACAACAAACCCAUCGAACCAGAUGAUAGUGCAUCAGCAGCCGAACAAGGACUUUGAUUGUGUUGAAAUCUUACAAACCAAAUUGCCCUUCUUUCGAUCAUUCUUGAAGGUGUUCGGCAUGGCCCAUAAUUACCCAGUUCGGAACAAACUAGAGUCUCACAAUAAUAUUCCCAAGCUGCCGCAGCAGCCCUCACUUGCAAUGUUGCAAAUCAGCGACGGCUCCUCUGUUGCAAGUCUUCAGGUUUUGGUAGAAUCAUCUGUAUCACCUACAAGCCAAGUCAUGGCCACUGGAACUUGUAUUCUGGUGGAUGGAUUAUUACAGCAAGCUUCUUCUACGAAAAAGGAUGGCGCCGGAAAACAUGCUAUUGAGCUCAAAGUGAUUAGAGUCCUACACAUUGGGACGGUUGAUCAAGAUACGUAUCCCUUGUCCAAGAAGAAAUUGCCACUUCACCUGUUAAGGGAUUCUGCACAUUUCCGACCUAGAACAACAACGGUGGGAUCAGUUGCGAGAAUACGUAGUGCUCUGAAUGAAGGAACCCACAACUUCUUCCAGACGAAUGGUUUCCUCUUCGUCCAAGUACCAAUAAUCACAGCCACGGAUUGUGAAGGAUCCAGCAGCCAGAAGUUCCAAGUAGUUACGAGGUCUGCUGAUGUUAAUGGUGAUGUUGAGGAGGAGGAGGAGGAGGAGGGGAAUUACAGAACAACUGCCCGCGGGGAUGAUAGGUUUAUAAUAAGCUUAGAAAGUAUCAAGGCUUCCAUCGAGGAGAAGAGUAAGCAACUUGAUGAGCUUAAGAGAAGCGACAGCAACAGAGAAGCAGUGGUUGCUGCGACAAAGGAUCUCCAUAAGACGAAUGAGAUAGCAGCAGAAUUGGAAUUGGAAUUGAAUAGAACAAAAAAGAUAAAGAUGCAGAAGCAGAAGCAGAAGCAGAAGCAGCAGUACUUAUCAUCAUGUGAGGAGAAUUUCUUUGGUCGGCAAGCGUAUCUGACGGUGUCGGGGCGUCUCCAUCUCCAGAGUUAUGCAUGUGCCCUUGGAAAUGUAUACUCGUGUGGGCCUCGGUUUAGGGGUGGGCCGGAGGAGGAGGAUAAUAAAGGUAAAUUAAGGAGGGGGAGGGGGGGUUUGUCAGAAAGUUGGAUGAGUGAAGUUGAAAUAGCAUUCUCGGAAUUGGAGGAUGCUAUUAAGUGUGCGGAGGAUUUAGUGAAGCAUGUGAGCAAAUGGGCAGUUGAAAAUUGUAUGGAGGAUCUGAAGUUUCUUGGAAAACGAGUGGAUGCGAGGAUUGUGGAUCGGCUAAAGUCGAAUAUAAUAAGCCCGUUGAAGAGGAUGACGUACACAGAAGCAGUGGAGGUCUUAAAAGAAGAGAAGAAAGAUCAGCAGGAAUCAUCAUCAUCAUCAUCAUGUAAAGUUGAGUGGGGAAGGGCGUUGACAGAGGAAGAUGAAAGUUGUCUGGCCGAGGAGAUAUACAAACAGGGGGUGGUUAUAUACAACCAUCCCAAACAAGUAAAACCGUUCUACAUGCGGCUAAAUGAGGACGGAAAAACGGUGGCCUCAUUUGAUAUAAUUAUGCCAAAGGGUGGACGGGUAAUAAGCGGUGGGGAAAACGAGGAACGGAAUGGAGUUGUGAAGGAGAGGAUAAAGGAAUUGGGCCGGCGGCCGGGGAUGUCGUCGUCGGAGUACGAAUGGUACUUGGAUCUGACAAGACAUGGUUGUGUCAAGAGCUCGGGAUUCAGUAUGCACUUUGAUCUUCUCUCUAUCCAUGCCACCGGCCUCAUUGAUCUUCGAGAUGCCAUCCCUUUCUCCAGAACCCCACUCCAACCUCUUAACAAUUAA